AUGGUGUGGAUUGGGAUCUAUAUUGCAAUAGCUUCUGGUUUGUGCACCCUUGCCAUGGCGGCUGAUUUGUUGCAUGGUUUCCGAAAUAAAAAGUUUUGGUUUCCUUGCAAAUAUUUCUCUCUAAAUGCUGCCUCUAUAAUGGUCAUAACCGUCGCCAUGAAACUGCCGGUUGAUCUUAGUAGCGAGAUGCCAGGUUACGCAGACCAAGCAGCCAAGGUAGGAAGUUUGGCAUUCAUGUGCACGUUGAUGGCCAAUUUAAUGCCUUCUUUGGCGUCAAUGGACAACAAGACACUGCUUGCAAACAUGAUAGGUUUGUGUAUUCUCGUUAUCACCAUGAUUGUGAAUAUAAGCAUUCAGAUAAAUACUGGUGUUAUUGAUAAAAGUCCAUUCUUUGAGGUACACAAAUUAUACUUCGGAUUCCAUAUUGCUGCGCGCAUCAAUACGGGUAUGAUCCUCUUGUUACUAAUAAUAAUGAUUGCUUCAUCUAUAACAAUUCUAACUUUUAAGGAAGUUUUAGAAACUAAAUAUCGAGCCACAAACAAAAUAUCUUUAACUGGUCAACGUCUACAACAUAUCCAAACGUCUACAGUUGAGAAACUAAGACAACAUGUGAGAAGGUAUUGGGUCAUGGGAGAAACUGGUAGCCCUCAAUUUGUGAUGGCUAGUAAUCCAUUAUCCACUGCUUCUGCUGUAAUUUGUGUAAUAGUUUUGGUCAUAAACUUGGUUACGGUGUUCAACACUCAGUUUCAACCUGAUGGUAUUAAGGAACAACUAUUUGAUUCUAAGAAUCUAGAUGGCACGCCAUACAAGUGGUCAAUAACUAUGAUUUUCGUCACACAGUCCGUUGGAGUCGUGGUGGGAACCAUUGCUCCUAUAUCCAGAUGUUUUUCAGUUUUAAACUUUAAGCUGGGCACUAAAUGGAAUACGAAUUAUUUCAUGUGUUUUAAUGUAGAGAAAUAUUGGAUCCAAACAUUGCAAGAGUGGAAAAAAAGCCCUGUAGUUUUUCUAUCAAGCAAUCGAAGAACAAAAAAUCUCAUCUAUAAUUCAAAAAAUAUCUUUCUAAGCUUUUUCAUUGGGUUCCAAAAGGUGAUUGUCAUUUUAUGCAAACUGAUAUGGCUCACAGUUACGAUAGUCCCGGUAUUAGCAGUCAGCUUUUUUACUACACUCACUUCAAGAACUGAUGAUAUAGAUGAAGACCUCAGCAAGUACGUCUUACAAAUUGAUAAUGAGAAAGAGCUUGCUGAGAAAACACUAAAGGGUAUUUCAAAAUCUGUAGAUUCUUUCAUAUCCAAGGCUGAGAAGGGACAAAACAACGUUCUUUUAGAGCUUCUCGAAAAAUUUACUGAAUUCGAAGGAGUAAAAAUCUUCGACACUGAUCAAGUUCAAUCUCUGCUUCCUACUGACCUAGUUAAUAGUUGGAGCUUACCGAUAGUAACCUUGACGUGCAUCGCUGUUUCCAUUCCAAACAGUAGGGACAGAGUCGAGAGCUUGUUAAAAAGUGUUGGUGAAGGCCUUUCGUUCACCCAUCUCGUGGAAGAAAGCCUGAAUUGUUCAAGCGAAUAUGUUAAUCUUCGAAAGGCCAGUAUGUCUUGUUAG